CCCUACCCUUUUAUCCCCCUUUCCUUGUACCCAACCCCACACUGCUUUGGAACAUAUGCUAAUGGAGUAAAUGCUCCUCCUUUUUCCUUUUCUCCUUCUUCUUCUUGCACCUUAGAAAAAGCCAAAGCUUCUCCGACAACUCCCCCAAAAAAGGAAAGGGGAAAAAAGACUCUAAAAGACCCAAAAAGGAGCCAUUUUUGGGGUUAAAUUUUGGUGGAACUGAGGAGCAGUGGAGUUGAUCUUUUGGUGAAGCCAUGGCAUUGCCCAUUUCUCCUCCCCUCUUUGCUUGGUUCCUGCUCAUGCUCUUCCUCCCAAUCUCUUCUUCUCAUGUCUCUUUUCAGAUCCAGAGGACACCCAUUCCAGAAAAUGAUGGGUUGAUAACAUGGAGGAGGUUGGUUGCCGAAUCGCCUUCUAUGAAUAUUUCAGUCGACAAUAGCUCGUUCGUCUUGGCCGCGGACAGGACUUACAGGAAAGACCCUUUGGAUGAUUUCAAGAAGUAUACUGGUGGUUGGAACAUAAGUAAUCGACACUACUGGGCUUCCGUUGGAUUCACUGCUGCUCCCUUGUUCACCAUCGCUUUGGUAUGGUUCGUCGUAUUUGGGCUGGUCUUGCUUCUUGCCUGCCUUUGUUAUUGCUGCUGCCGGCGUCAGAGUUACUCUUAUUCCCGGACAGCUUAUGCCCUCUCGCUAAUUCUUCUGAUACUAUUCACCUGCGCCGCAAUAGUUGGAUGCAUUUUGUUGUAUAAUGGUCAAGGGAAGUUCCAUGCAAGCACGACGACUACACUGGACUACGUUGUUGGUCAGGCCAAUUUUACGGUCGACAAUCUUAGGAACUUCUCGACCAGUUUGGCGGCUGCCAAGGCAGUUGGGGUAGACCGUGUUUUCCUGCCUUCCAAUGUCCAGAGUAAUAUUGAUGAAAUUCAGACAAAGUUGAACUCUUCGGCAAACGACCUUGCUAAUCGGACGCUGACAAAUUCCAAAAAUAUUAGAGAUGUGCUGAAUUCUGUGCGGUUGGGUUUGAUCAUAGUUGCGGCAGCGAUGCUUCUUUUGGCAUUUCUUGGAUUCUUGUUCUCCAUACUUGGAUGGCAGUUCCUUGUCUCAAUCUUAGUGGUUAUCGGGUGGAUUCUGGUGACGGGGACAUUCAUUUUAUGCGGCAUCUUCCUCCUCCUACACAAUGUAGUUGCCGAUACAUGCGUUGCGAUGGACGAAUGGGUCACUCAUCCUCACGCGCACACAGCUCUAGACGAUAUCCUUCCCUGCGUCGACGUCGCCACCGCGAACGAAUCCCUUUACAGAGGAAGGGAAGUCACUUUCCAGCUGGUGAAUCUCGUCAACCAGGUUAUCGUUAACGUGUCGAAUGGGAACUUCCCUCCGAGCGCAGCGCCUCUAUACUACAACCAAUCCGGACCACUGAUGCCCACGCUGUGCAACCCGUACACGCAAGACCUGAACAAUCGCACUUGCAGCGCCGGUGAAGUCGACUUCAACAACGCAUCGCAGGUAUGGAGACAGUACGAAUGCCGGAGCGCGGUCGUGUCCGGGACGGAGAUAUGCACGACCGUCGGCCGCGUCACUCCGACCAUAUACAACCAGAUGAACGCGGCCGUCAGCGUGAGCAGCGGGAUCUACCAGUACGGCCCGUUCCUCGUGCAGCUCGAGGACUGCACCUUCGUGCGCGAGACCUUCACCGCGAUCCACGACAACAACUGCCCGGGCCUGGAGAAGUACGUCAAGUGGGUCUACGUCGGGCUCGUGAUGGUGUCGGGCGCGGUGAUGCUGUCGCUGAUCUUCUGGCUCCUCUACGCGAGGGAGAGGCGCCACCGGAUGCGCAACAAGCAGCAGUUCAUGGCGCGGCCGGGCCAGCCCCCUUAUCCUUUACAUGAGAAGUGAAUGAGAUCUACUGAAACUUUGUAGAAUUUUCUUUUUUCCUUUAUUUGAAUCCACUUCAAAUUGCUAUAGUGUGCAUAUUUAUGUAUGGUAUUUUGUGUAGCUUGUGUUCUUUGAGUUGUUUAGGAGUUUAGUUUGUUGCUUUGUCAACUUUUUUUU